CAGGGCUCUUCCUAGGCUAAAUGGCCUGCUCUGCACUUACAGAGAUGGACAUUUAGGAGACUUACCACUUUCUCUUGGACAAAACAUGUGAAAGAGAGCUAUGAUUACAGCAUACAGAGGUGCGCAGGAAUGGUACCUUCCCAGCUGGAGGGUAGAACCAAAAUACUCUACUAAGGUGCUCAUUGGCAACUGGCAGGAAGAAAGAAGAAAGUUUAUACAACAUCCUGAGAAAACCUGCAAGAGUAUCUAUGGAAGAGAUUAUGUUCGCUUCCCCCCCGAGAUACCAGACCGAACCGUGAUACGGAAAAAUAAGAAGAAACUGGACGGGCUGCCAAAGCACGUUCUAUUGACUCAUCACAAUGAGCCCCACCACCGACAUUUAGUCACGCAAUACGACGAUCAUUUCAGUCGGCAGGGCUAUAACCCUUUGCUACCUCCACUUCGCAAAUGGAACAGACACAAAAUGGCAUGGACACCUGAGAAAACAGAUUUCCCGCUUGCUGAGCCUCCAACAAACUAUGGCCUUCUUGAACAUCUUAUGAGGAAAUGGAGCAACAAAGAUCCGCCAGGGAUGAACAGCAUCUACACUAUUUCCUACAUGAAGCCUCCCGUUUCUGCUUACGCUGUCCACUCUCACCCCUUCACCACUCGCCUCCAUAAUUCCUCCCAUGAGCAUUUGCGUCCAAGAACUAUGGAUGGUUAUCUGUGAAAGGGCACAGGAAAUCUGUGUUGAUGCACAACAGUGGAUUAGAUAAAGCACUUUGACUUAACUAAUAAAAAAGUAGUGUUGCGUGUCCUCCUGUAAGAAAGUGGGGGCAGGCCAUUUGCCAGCAGCAAGAUAGCAUUUGAGGUCCAUCAAGGCUGAUUUUUUCUGCAAGUAUUUAAUCUGGGUGGAGACAGAGGCAAGAUCCCUUGGGUGAACCAAGGAGCAAGAGGGCUCUUGGCCUUUGGCUCUUAGGCUCAGUGGUAGAGUAUCCGUUUGGCAUGCAGAAAAUCCCAGUUUCAUGAGUCCAUGUGUGAAACAUCCCAUAUCUCAUAACUUGGGAAUGUCACUGGGGCAGCCUGUCAGGAUUGGUUUGGGUUUUGGUGUGUGCAUGCCAUGUUUGCCACUUGGAAUUUCCUUCCUUUUGUGUACACCUCUUUUGGUUGGAAAGUAUCCUAAAAGUUGAUAAAUGGACGGACAGACGGACAGACAGACAGACAAGCCAAAGUAACUGGUUAGCCAAAAUAGUGGUGCUAAGUCUUCUCAUUUCUAGCUCUAAUGGUUGCAUAGAAAAUGCUUACCAUGCAAUCCCAUGCAGAGUUAUUCCAGUCUAAGCCCCUUGAAGUCCCCUUGCGGACUUCCCAGUAACAAUCUGGCAGACCAGGGGCUUGCUGAGUUAUUUUAUGCUGUGUGGGGCACAGUGCUCUUUCAGGGAUGCUGGGCCCAGGCCACACAACGGGUUUGAAAAAAUUAACCAGCCCCCUGAAAUGAACUGAGAAAAUCAGCUCCUUUGAAAACUGUUCCUCAUCCAAGUUUCUCUACGGAUUUGGGGGUUCCAAAUUAUCCAGUCUUGUUUCUGAUGUAAAAACGAUGCCUGGGGAAUCUCAGUUUUUUUACAAAAUAAA